CUCUCUCUCUCUCUAUCUUUCGAUCUCUCUUAAGCAAAGUGAGCUUCUUCUUCUUCUUCUUUCUUUUAGCUUCGCCGUGAAAACUCUCCGGAAAACAAAAACGACGAAAAAGAUCACGUCUUUCUCUGGAGUUACGAGAUCUCUCGUGUUUGCGAUGCUCGGCACGGUGGUGCAGUGGUGGCUAACGUAUUUCCGUUUAAGAUUAGGCCGGAAAAGUCGAGAAAGAAAGUGGUAAUUCAGACUCUAUAUCGAGCCUUCUCGAUCGGAGCUUUUUUGAUUUAUUGUUUUCGCUCUGUUUUGCUAUAAGUUUUUUUCGUCCGAGGAGAUGAGCCAAUCGAAACUGACGAGGACUCAAUCGUCGUUACUCAGAUCAUCUCCGACGAUUCGAUCAUCGAUCCAAAGCCUUUCUUCAAUCACUGAAUGUGAUGACUUCAACGAAGUCUCUCACCACCGCCGUGAACAAGAUCUAGAAUCCGGUGAGAAAGAAGAGAAACAGAGGAGAAAAAGACCAGUUAAAUCAUUCGGGUCAAUCAAUCGAAUUAAACCGGGUCUCGCCUUCACACUCGCUUCUCUCUCUUUCCUCAGUCUCUCAUCUUUCUUACUUUUCUUCGUCGAUGAGGUUUUCACGUCGGAGAAUCUCUUACUCGGUUUGAUUUUCGUCGCCGUUGCUCUGUUCUUCGCAUCGCGGAACAUGGCGGUUAUUAACCAAACCGUAUUCGCAAUCAAACAGAUUCGCGUAAGGUCUCGAAUCAAACACAAACCGAAACCGGUUCAAUGGUACAUCGGGGAUUCAAAACCGGAACCGAUCAAAGAAGAUGAAACGAGACUGGUCGUCAAAGAAGGAGUUCAGUUGUUCAGCAGUGGUGAUUUCUACGAAGGUGAGUUUAACCGAGGGAAGUGUAACGGAAGUGGAGUUUACUACUACUUCGUAAAUGGAAGAUAUGAAGGAGAUUGGAUCAAUGGAAGAUACGAUGGCUAUGGAAUCGAGUGUUGGUCUAAAGGAAGCAAGUACAAAGGACAGUACAAGCAAGGACUUAGACAUGGUUAUGGAGUUUACUGGUUUUACACUGGUGAUUCUUACUCUGGUGAAUGGUUCAACGGUCAAAGCCAUGGCUUUGGUGUACAAACAUGUGCUGAUGGAAGCUCUUUUGUCGGAGAAUUCAAAUUUGGUGUCAAACAUGGACUUGGAUCUUACCAUUUCAGAAAUGGAGAUAAGUACGCAGGGGAGUAUUUUGGAGACAAGAUUCAUGGAUUUGGUGUUUACCAUUUUGCUAAUGGUCACUAUUACGAAGGAGCUUGGCACGAAGGUCGUAAGCAAGGCUAUGGCACGUACAGAUUCAGAACCGGUGAUAUCAAGUCCGGUGAAUGGGACGAUGGUAAUCUCGUUAACCAUCUUCCUCCGGAAUCCGGCCCGGUUCAUAGAGCGGUUCAGUUAAUGGUGCAGAGUGCACGAGAGAGGGCGAAGAAAGGAGUGAAUCAGAGACGGGUCGAUGAGCAGGUGGUACGAGCUGUGGCUGCAGCUAAUAAGGCUGCGACGGCUGCGAGAGUUGCAGCUGUGAAAGCCGUUCAGAAUCAAAUGGAUGGUAAAAUUUGUGAAAAUUAAACAUUAGAAAAAAAAAGGAGGUGAAAAUGACAAGUAAAGAUGACAUAGAAAAAAUUGUUUAGAAUUUUUUUUUUUUUUUUUUUUAAUGUAACCCUGGUAAAGCUUGAAUUAUGAGAAGCUUUACUAUGGAAGGGUUUUUUUUUUUUUUUUUUUCCAUUUGUCUACUAAUGUAAAUGUACAUAUAAGAAGUAAUGUUUGAUUUUAAAAAAAAA